CAGCAUCUGCUUCCGGUUCUCGGGCUGAAUCGGUAGCGAGGGGAACCUGAGCGGGCUGAGGCUUGUUGGCGGGGCCUUGCCAGAAAUGGACAGCCGGAUUCCUUAUGACGACUACCCAGUGGUUUUCCUGCCUGCCUAUGAGAAUCCCCCAGCAUGGAUUCCUCCUCAUGAGAGGGUGUACCACCCAGACUACAACAAUGAGUUGACCCAGUUUCUGCCCCGAACUGUCACAUUGAAGAAACCCCCUGGAGCUCAGUUGGGAUUUAACAUCCGAGGAGGAAAGGCCUCCCAGCUAGGCAUCUUCAUCUCCAAGGUGAUCCCUGACUCUGAUGCACAUCGAGCUGGACUUCAGGAAGGGGACCAAGUCCUGGCUGUAAACGAUGUGGAUUUUCAAGACAUUGAGCAUAGCAAGGCUGUGGAGAUCCUGAAGACAGCCCGGGAAAUCAGCAUGCGUGUCCGCUUCUUUCCCUACAACUAUCGUCGCCAAAAAGAGAGGACUGUACACUAGAGAGUUGCAACCCACAGCCCUCCAUAUGGAAUCUUCUAGGAUAAGCUGGCCAGGCCUCAGGGACACCACAUACACUCUCACACAGUCUCAUACACUUUGGAGACUCCAGUGGGACCCUGUUUUUCCUCCUCUCCCUCCUAUUCUCCGAAAAGUAAAAUGUGAUGCUGGAGAAA